AUGAGUUCCGCUAGAAAAGUUGCCGUCAUUGCGACGAGCACCCGAACCCCACGCAUUGGAACCAAGGUCGCGGAACUAGUGAAAGAUACUAUCACCGCAGAUGCUACCACCAAUGGCAUCGAUUUGCAUCUCGUGGAAGUCGCUACUUUCAGACUUCCCGUCUUCGAUGAACAGAUCAUUCCCGCUCAGGUCCCAGCUGCAGGUGACUUCGCCCACGAGCACAGCAAAGCGUGGAGCAGGGAAAUCGCCAAGUACGACGCCUACAUCAUUGUGGUUCCCGAAUACAACUACGGCCUGACUGGUGGCACCAAGAACGCCAUUGACUACUUGUACAACGAGUGGAUCGGCAAACCCAUUGCCGUAGUUAGCUACGGCAUCAUGGGCGGCAACUCGGCGUCAGCGCAGGCGCAGAAGACGCUGGAAGGCAUGAAACUCCGGCCUGAAAUUCUCGUCGCAUCGGCUCACAUUUUGAUUCUUUAUCACCCCUUCGCCUUUUGUUCUCGAUUUUCCCUCUUUUUCCACCAUGCGCCAUUCAUCGCCGUCAUUCGUUUUUUGUCCGUCAUCGUCAUGAGGACGUCCGCUCUCUUCGCGCUCAGUGGCUGCGCUGCCACUGCCCUAGCGCAAGUUCAUCUACCGUUCUCCCACCGACCUCAAUCAAAGGCCAGUAGCAAUGUCGACACCAGGGACGUGGCGGAGCGUCGAUCAGUUUCCGCGGUGGAUGUUUACGUGACAGAUUGGAAUUAUUUGGUCAACGCCACUGUCGGUACACCGCCACAAGAUAUUUCCUUGAGAGUCUCCGUGCAGGCAGAGUACACCUGGGUCCCAAACGCCAAGUAUUGCGACUACUACAACUAUAGCGACUAUUACGAUUCUUCCUCUACCAGAAAUGCCUAUUACCUCGAUUCAUAUUCGUGCAGAUACGGUGCUUUCCAGAGCAACGAGUCAUCCACCUACGUCAAUCCCGGCACCGAGGACUUCAGCACCAGGUACUCGGUCGGUCGAGCUCAGGGAGAAUGGAUCAGCGACACGCUAGGCGUGGCCGGCAACCAGAUAUCCAAGAUGAUCAUGGGCUACGUUCAGUCGGCAGAUGUACUGAUCGGUGUUCUGGGCCUGGGCUUCAACACCACCGGAAGUGCACAAUCCACCGCGAGCCCGAGCAGUACCUCGAAUUAUCCUACCGUUCCUGAACGCUUGGUACAAGAUGAUCUCAUCAGCUCCCCUGCGUAUAGUCUUUGGCUGGACGAUGCAUCUGCCGAGUCUGGGAAUCUUUUGCUGGGCGCAAUCGAUACAUCUAAAUUUGAUGGCCCUCUGAUCCGCUUCUCCGUGCGCAGAACGGGGUCAUGGUCAACAGGCAGGCGAUUUGACACUAUUAUCACGUCCUUCAAUGGCAGCGAGUCAGAUACAGAUGACCUGCAGCCUCUCGGAGAAUCUUUGCGUCAACAAACCGACGCAUAUGACACCUCGAACCUGGUCCUUCUCUCGCCAGAUGCUACUCUAUCAGUGCUACCCGACGACAUAGCCUUAGAUCUUUGGGCUCUGGCUGGCGCUUCCUGGAAUGAUGACCUCGGCUAUGCGAUCAUUCCUUGCACGGCAAACACCACCACGGGUCGCUUGGCUGUGCAACUGUACGGAUCGGAGGGACCUGUAUUGAAUGUAGCUCUUGCCGACCUCGUGGUGUCUCAAGAUGUUUGGUCCCAUUCGGAGUGGUCUUGGGAGACCGAGUCGGCCUCCGAGUACUGCCUGUUCGGAGUGCAGUCGGAGAAUUCCACCUCGACAUACACGUCUUCUUCCUAUCCCUACUCGUUGGGCAGCGCAUUCCUCAAGCAUUCCUACAUGGUCUUCGACCUGAUCAAUGAAGAAAUUGGCUUUGCAAAGACGAAGUUCGGCAGCACCCAGACGGAAGACCUAGUUCCGUUCUCAAGCUACGGAGCUGAGAUCCCCGCCUCGACGAGCGUCAUGCCGGAUUGGUGCUCGUCUACCUCGUCUCAAUGUCGAACAGGUGGUUCGGGUUCGGGCUCCGGAGGCGGAUCCUAUGACGGGGGUAGAACCUACCUGGAUGAUGGCUAUUACCCUGGACAUCUUCCGCGGCAGACAAACCUCGCGAUCGGCCUCAGUGUCGGUGUCUUCUGCACUGUGGUUAUGGGUCUGUCUAUCUGGGCCAUCAGACGAGGCCGCCGCAUCAGGAAGGCUCAGAAAGAGCUGGCUGAAAAGCAGGCCGACAUGGAACCCGGCGACGAGACACACGUCGGGGCCGCCGAUGGAAAUGCGAGCAACUUGACUCAAGACGCCUCGCAUCCUCAACAUCCGCCAGCUGCAGUGACUCGAAGUCCUUCUGUAACAGAUGCAGCUGCAGAGCAACGUGCUACUGAAACUAUGGGAACUGCCAAGUGA